AAAUGUUAUCAUACAAUUAAAAAUAUUUUAUUUUUAAUAUGGCACAAAAUGGUUCAGUUGAACAGUUUCUUGAUGUUGCAGUUGAAGCUGCUAAAAAAGCUGGAGAGAUAAUUCGCGAAGGAUUCUACAAGACUAAGCAUGUAGAGCACAAAGGAAUGGUGGAUUUAGUCACAGAGACUGAUAAGGCAUGUGAAGAUUUCAUUUUUAAUCAUCUCAAGCAACGCUUCCCCAGCCAUAAGUUCAUUGGUGAAGAAACAACUGCUGCUUGUGGAAACUUUGAGCUGACUGAUGAACCAACUUGGAUAGUUGAUCCACUUGACGGAACCACUAACUUUGUGCACGGGUUCCCUUUUGUCUGUGUAUCAAUCGGUCUCACAAUUGAAAAGAAACCAACAGUUGGUGUUGUUUACAACCCAAUUAUCGACGAGCUUUUCACCGGUAUUGAUGGGAAAGGUGCUUUUCUCAACGGGAAGCCUAUCAAAGUAUCUUCACAGUCUGAACUCGUGAAGGCUCUUCUUGCUACAGAGGCUGGAACAAACCGGGAUAAGUUAGUUGUAGAUGCUACAACAGGGAGAAUCAAUAGCUUGCUUUUCAAGGUUAGGUCCCUUCGUAUGUGUGGUUCUUGUGCAUUAAAUCUCUGUGGAGUUGCGUGUGGAAGGCUUGAUCUCUUCUACGAACUUGAAUUUGGUGGCCCUUGGGAUGUUGCAGGUGGUGCUGUGAUUGUGAAAGAAGCUGGAGGGUUCGUGUUUGAUCCAUCUGGUUCAGAAUUCGACCUCACAGCUCGACGAGUAGCUGCUACAAAUGCUCAUCUCAAGGAUGCAUUUAUCAAGGCCUUGAAUGAAUAAGAAUGAGAAACAUGGAAUGAAGAUACCUUCGAUUUUUUACUUGUUUACUAGUAUAGUUUUUGCGCGAUGUGCGGAUAAUAUUGAGAGAAAAAACUAUCAAUGAUGAAUGAUUUUCUUAUUUAGUUGAUCAUCUUAAAUUUUAUUAUUUGGUCAGUUAUGAAGGCCACCAAAAGGAAGGGGAAGAGCCAUUUUUUCCUUGUUGAAUUAUUGUAAGAUUUUGUGUUAUGAUUAAUAAGAUAUCACAGAUUGAUAGCAA